UCUUGGGCGGUAGGAGAGUAUACCCCCGUUUUUCUGCCCCGAGAUAUUCAAAUUCGAUUCUCUCCACAGAGUCCUCAAACCCCUAAAAACUCCUCUCUAGGGUUUCCUUCUUACCGAUCUCACUACAUCUCCACUUUCAGGAGCGCCCAGUAACAUCACAAUCUUACUCACUUCGAUCCGGGUUGACUCACUUCCAUGGCGGAAGAUUCAGUUCCAGUUCCAGUUCCAUCAUCCACCAAUACGGCGCCGUUGGGUCACUCAGUGAUUCCUAUAGUGAACAAGCUCCAAGACAUCUUCGCACAGCUCGGAAGUCAGUCCACGAUUGAGCUGCCUCAGGUAGCUGUCGUCGGUAGUCAGAGUAGUGGAAAAUCCAGCGUUCUGGAAGCCCUUGUCGGUCGCGAUUUCUUGCCUAGGGGUUCUGAUAUCUGUACUCGGCGCCCGCUUGUUCUACAGCUUAUACAGACCAAGCGUAAGCCAGAUGGUACUGAUGACGAAUGGGGAGAGUUUUUGCACCUUCCAGGGAAGCGAUUCUUUGAUUUCAAUGAAAUUCGUAGGGAGAUUCAGGCGGAGACAGAGCGGGAAGCGGGAGUGAAUAAGGGUGUUUCAGAUAAGCAGAUACGUUUGAAGAUUUUCUCACCAAAUGUUCUUGAUAUUACUCUUGUGGAUUUGCCGGGCAUAACAAAGGUCCCUGUUGGUGACCAGCCUUCUGAUAUUGAAGCCCGAAUCAGAACUAUGAUAAUGUCUUAUAUUAAACUUCCAAGCUGCUUAAUACUAGCUGUAACACCUGCUAAUGCUGACUUAGCCAACUCAGAUGCUCUUCAGAUUGCUGGAAAUGCAGACCCGGAUGGUUAUCGGACCAUUGGAGUAAUCACAAAGUUGGACAUCAUGGAUAGGGGCACUGAUGCUCGUAACUUUUUACUUGGAAAAGUGAUACCCCUUCGUCUUGGUUAUAUUGGCGUUGUGAAUCGUAGCCAGGAGGAUAUUAGGAUGAACCGGAGUAUUAAGGAUGCACUUAUAGCUGAGGAAAAGUUCUUCCGAAGUCGUCCUGUAUAUAGUGAACUUGCUGAUCGUUGUGGUGUUCCUCAAUUGGCAAAAAAGUUGAACCAGAUUCUAGUGCAACACAUCAAGACAGUUCUUCCAGGAUUGAAAUCACGCAUUAGUGCUGCAUUGGUAUCUGUUGCAAAGGAGCAUGCCAGCUAUGGGGAGAUCACAGAGUCCAAGGCUGGUAUGGGAGCACUUCUACUGAACAUUCUUUCCAAGUACAGUGAAGCGUUCUCUUCAAUGAUUGAAGGAAAAAAUGAAGAAAUGUCAACAUCUGAGCUGUCUGGUGGAGCAAGAAUUCAUUACAUCUUCCAGAGCAUAUUUGUGAAGAGUUUGGAGGAGGUAGAUCCUUGUGAAGAUUUAACUGAUGACGACAUCCGCACUGCCAUUCAAAAUGCAACUGGUCCUAAAUCUGCUUUAUUUGUGCCAGAAGUUCCAUUUGAAGUUCUUAUCCGAAGACAGAUAGCUCGUCUGUUAGAUCCAAGUCUUCAGUGUGCACGAUUUAUUUACGACGAGCUUAUAAAAAUGAGCCAUCGGUGCAUGGUUAAUGAAUUGCAACGAUUUCCUAUUUUGAGAAAACGGAUGGAUGAGGUUAUAGGUUACUUUUUGCGGGAAGGCCUAGAACCUUCAGAGACUAUGAUUGGACACAUUAUUGAGAUGGAGAUGGAUUACAUAAACACUUCACAUCCGAAUUUUGUUGGGGGGAGUAAAGCUGUGGAGAUGGCAAUGCAGCAGGUCAAGUCCAACAGGAUUACUGCACCUGUUCCGAGGCAGAAAGAUGGAGUGGAUUUAGAGAAAGCGCCAGCAUCUGAAAGAAGUCUGAAGUCACGUGCUAUUCUUGCUAGACAUGCUAAUGGAAUUGUUCCUGAUCAGCAGGUUGCUCGGCCUGCUGCAGAAGAGAAAACGACAACAUCCGGAUCAAAUGUUAGUUCAAGCUGGGGGAUAUCAUCAAUAUUUGGUGGAUCAGACAGUCGUACGUCUGUCAAAGACAAUCCCAUUAGCAAGCCAUUCAGUGAACCUAUCCAGAGCAUGAAUCAUGCUUUCAUCCACUUGAGAGAGCCCCCAAGUGUGCUGAGGCCGUCAGAAACUCAUUCGGAUCAGGAGACUAUUGAAAUUGCUGUUACGAAACUGUUAUUAAGGUCAUAUUAUGACAUUGUCCGGAAAAACAUCGAGGACUCAAUACCUAAAGCAAUCAUGCACUUUCUGGUCAACCACACAAAACGAGAACUCCACAAUGUAUUUAUCAAGAAACUUUACAGAGACAACCUCCUUGAAGAGAUGUUGCAGGAACCUGAUGAGGUAGCCUUGAAGAGAAAGCGCACUCGUGAGACACUUCGUGUUCUUCAGCAAGCUUUCAAGACAUUGGAUGAGUUGCCACUUGAAGCUGAGUCAGUUGAAAGAGGCUACGGCAUAGGUACUGACCCAACAGGCCUACCAAAGAUUCAUGGUCUUCCAACGUCAUCCCUGUAUAAUUCCAGUGGCUCAACUGAUUCAUACACUGCUUCUCCUAAAAACCCAAGAUCACGCAAAUCAUCCCAUUCUGGUGAACUACAGUCACCAAUGUAUGCUGGUGCAGAUUCAAAUGGUGGUGGGCGUAAUUCUCUUGGUCUUUAUCCAACAGUUGAUAUGUAGGAGAUUUAUCAGAUGCUUUGGGUUGCUAGACAUUUGGAACCUCACCCCAUCUGGUGCAGUGAAGAGCCAUUCUAUAUUUGAUUUGUUCUGCCACAAUGAAGAUGUAUGACGAUUGUUUCGCUUUCCCAAUAUUCUUUAUUUCUAUUGUUCAAAUAGAAUGAUUUUGAGCUAUGCAAGGAAUAAUAAGAAGUCGUCUUCAGCAGGCUGCAGGCA